AUGAACUUCAUUAGAGUUCUUGUGGAGGUAGAUAUCUCAGAACCCCUUCCCCCUGGAUUUUACAUCGAAAUCGAAGAGGGUAGAGAACACUGGGUGGAGUUCAAAUAUGAGAGACUCCCCUCGAAUGUAUGCUAUGGCUGUGGCAAAAUCGGGCAUUCCCAGCUAAUCUGCAAACAUCCAGGAGACUAUGUGGAGGGGCGAUAUGGAGAUUGGAUCAGAGCCGGCCCUCACUCCCCGAUCUCCCCGUUUGCUGUGAACCAAAGAAGAAAAACACCAGGAACAACAGAGAGUAAGACAGGGGAUAACUUCACUCAGGUUGAUGGAAGAAGAACGGCGGAUUCCUACCUCGACGGUCGCCUCUCCGGUGGGCGUGGUUUCCAAAGGAAGGAGAGAGGUAGCACUGAGCAGGGCAUUACCCGUAGGGUUUUGCCUCCCGCAACGGCUAUUUUGUCAGGGUCAGAGGGUGGAAACUCGGGCCCUCCCCCUGGCUUCGAAGGCAGAAAAGCUACUGGAAAAUUCGGCCCUCCUCUAACGCUGAAGCAGACCGACGAUUUCUCACCAUACAAACCUAGAUCGCUGUUCCAAGAAGAAGAAGAAGAAGAAGAAGAAGAAGAGGGAGGUCAGAGACAAGGGAGGCGGUUUCUUGAGAUGGGUCAGGGCUCUGGUGCCCUAGAGCAAAAUGGGAGUGGGUUGGGCCACGCUAGUGGAGCCCAAAACUUCAAUCCUUUAUUCACAAUGGGCCAACCUAACUUCUUUCCUAGUCCUAAUUACUUGCAGAUGGCCCAGGGGAGUUAUUUUUCAGCCCAAGCUCAACAACCAUUUGUGUUGUGGGAUAAUAAGCAAAUGGAGGCCCAGUUUUUGAGUCCUUGGGGUCUGAAGGCUCAGGAGCCCAGAAAGAAGUUGAAAAUCAGCAAAAAGAGAAGCCAGUAUCAAUCUCUAUGGAUGGUGAUUUUGAUAUGGGGGAUGAAGGCACGAAACAGGAUGGAAACGGUGAUGGGAAGGAAUCUGGAAAGGAGAAGGUGGCGCUCCAUAAGCCACCCAAGCAGCCAUGACAAUCUUAUGUUGGAACUGUCGUGGCCUUGGCAACGACACGACAGUGAAGUAUCUUAG